GAUCCUUCUCUCCUGCCCGGCUCUCGCGGAGCCUCGCUUGCCUCUUCACCUCACGGUGUUUCCCCCUAAUUCUUUAAAAUCAGUUUAAACCCGACGUUGUGAGUGCUGGAUAACAUGUCUGCCCAUCUCUCCUUUGCAAGCAGGAACGCUUCAGGGAUUUUAUGCAUAAAAGAGAACGAGGGGAACUUUUAAUACAGAAAAUAAACAAACUUCAAGAUAACCUUUUAAAGAAGAUCCAGCUGUCAGUGUCUAAGGAUGGAUAUGUUCAUUUUGGAGACACUGUGAUGCUUUUGAACCUACAUGACAAAUCCUUGGUGGAGAGUUACUCUGGAGUAUGCGGCAAUCUGACUUUGGCAAUUAAUCUGGAUGAAAUACCCAUAUAUUCGGCUGAAUCACUGCAAGCCCCUUGUGAAGUUAGCGCAGUCAAGAGUGUGGACCCUAUGGGUCGAAAUACUUUUUGUAUUUUAAGUGUUGAUGGAGGUGCAGUGGGUGAACCACUUAGAUUUGGGCAAAACUUUGGUCUUGGGACAACAGGAGGGUUUUCUGACCAAAUGUUAUAUCUAGCAAGUGACCAUAAAUCAUUUAUAAGAUUUGCUAAAAAAUCUUACCUUCAGCAAGUAUUUUUGACAGAUGAGCGUUCCUAUUUGACCUGCUGGCAAGCUACCUUCUUGGAUCCACAGUUGCGUCUUGAACAUGAAGGAUUUCCAGUUCCUGCAAACUCUAAAAUUAUUAUUACUCAUUGCCAUACUAAUCGGAGCUUAGCUGUUCCAAGGAAUUUUUGGACAAGGUCUUAUUUUGGAAAAGAAUAUGAAGUAAUUUGUCACACUUAUCUAGACUCCCAUAAAGCUGAAGAAAAUAAGAAUUACUGGGAAAUUGUUACAGGAAAUCCUGGUGAUGAAGACAGUACAAUGAUUGAUAGACCCAGCCCUCACCCAGCGGGGAUCAGAAAGAAUGAGUUUUGUGAAGAGACAUAGAAUAUAUAAAAACCCCAGACUACAGCUGACAGAGGUUGAUGAGAUUCUGAUUCUCAUUUUUAUCGUUCAGAUUUUAGUUUUAGAUACAUUUGUUUUGAAAAUGGAAAUGAAAGUCUACCGUAAAUAAUAUUGUAUAAUCUCAUUAACUCAUCAAGGUUAUAUAGUGGGCAAAAACUAAUAAAAUUUGAUGAACCAUGCACAACAUCAAAAAUUCAUGAAUCAGGAGGGGUUCAUUUUCCCAUUUUCAUAUUCACUAAUGGCAAAAGUUGUCAGAACCCAAGAAAUAUAAUAUAUUUUUACUAAAUUACUGGCCUUCAGAGUGUAUUUAACCAAUUCUUCCAAAACCAAACCAGUGUCACACUUUUUAAAAGGGUGAGUGUACAGUUUCCAAAACACUGAAGACCAAACUCGUGCAAAAUAUCAUGGGAUACUCUGACAUUUAAAGUUCAUCUGAAAGAAAGUUCAUUGUUGAGCUGGUUCCACGUUCUGUCUAGUACAAUGUUGCCAAUUACAAAAAAAAAAUCACAAAUGAGGUCUCUAUAUCAAUAUUGGCUUUGGAUUCGUGGGAAUUAAUUUAAAAAGGUAUAAACUGCGGGGCUUUUUUUUUUUUUUUUUUUUUUUACAUUUGUCCAUAUAUUCUAAACAUUUAAAUGCCAAGUAAUCAAGAAUUUGAGCUCAAUGUUGCAGACUAGAGACUUCCAACAAUGUUUUACAUGCAUCACCAUGUUUCAUUUGCCUCCUACCCACAAAAUUUUUCAAUCCAUAAUAAUUGCUACCAAGUCUGACAGCAAGAUAAUAUUGUCAAAAAAAUAUUAAGUCCCCACAAUUUCCAUGAAAAUAAAUGCCAAAGUAGAAAUAGAACAAGAGAUACUGUAAGUUUAUCCAGUAAGAAAAAGAUUGUAGUCUAUGUUCAUACCUAAUUAGACACUAGAGAAUCUACAUGAAAAAAAUGGACUAAGAAUGGUAAAAAUUUCAGCUGGAAUACACAUUUUCUUAAACAGCAAAAUCAACCAAGCAUGAGAUGCAAAGACAUGGAAAAGAGAUGUCAUUACUUCAUAGAGUUACCUGUCUAUAUAUGACAGCUGAAACACCACCACAGAGAAACUUCUUAAUGUAUGACAUUCCAUCAUAUCCAUUUAGCAAAAUCAUAUAUAUGCAUAUUCCAUUUCUUACUGUACCACAAGAGUGAGCUCUUUCUGCAUAAAGCAAGUGAAUUUCUGCAUGAAGUACUACAUAAAUCUCCAUUCUCAAAAAGGAUUCCAAAGAUCUCCAAAGUUCACAAAGGUCAAAUGAAACUUUUUAAAUUUUACCAAAUCAAACCCACUAAACUUUCCCAAAAGAGACUGAUCCAAACAUGUCCUCAAGCUCUAUCCCAAAUAGACUAUCUGUUUCAAACCCACUGGCAAAGCUUUAAAAGUACUUGCCUUUACUCAAUAUACAUUAAAUCAUCAGACUGCAAAAUCAGCUAACUAGCACUUGUCAUACAGGGUCUCAGAGCAGGAGACAGAUUACAGUUCCAUGACAUGCAGAUUUACUUUGGGGGAGUAUAUCCAAGAGGAGAGUGUUUCCUUCACACCACUCAAGCAAACCUUCUCAGGUCUGUUAUAGAUGGUGUAUUAAAGAGGGAAAUUAUCUCUAGGAACUGUUUACUUCACUUUUUCUUUCACUUUCUAUGUAAAGAUAUGAAACGUGACAUGUGGCAAAUGAUGCAUAUUUUUAUAGAGGCACUGUUACUACUCCAAUUUACAGAGAUUAAAAUUCUGUACAUUUUCACAAUAGAGUGACAUAAUUCUGGCUUGAUUUUGUAAUUCUUAAACUAGAAAAACUUAGGCUGUGUGAGUGCACUGCAGUGCUUCUAAUUUGACCAUUGUGGACAUUUAUUGGUAUUAGGGAUAGCUAUUUCAAAUCUGGCAAAGUCUCUUUCCUUUGGGUUAAAUGUAAGAAACUAGAAGAGGCCUUAAACCAAAACCAUUGCUGAAACAAAGCUUCAUGUGAACUCAUGCAGGAAUGAGAACUGCGUGGGCAGAGCGCCUUGGCCGGCUAGCGUUAGGGAUAGGAGUGUUUGUGUGUGCAUUUGUGUGGAAGAGGAGCAACACAGGCUGUACAAAAACAAGCUUUGUAAAGUCUUAGAGGGAAACCAAAGAGAUAAACAGAUACAGAAAUGAAUACAGAAGUAGGUAGUGUUGGAAUUAGGUGCUGAUUAAAAGUGGCUUGGAGACUCUUGGGUGUGUUUUGAUCAGUCUGUGCUCAUGGGAAAAGACUUCCUGAGCUGUUGGAAAAUAAACAGGAUUGAAUCAA